AUGGUGACGAUGGUUAUUGUGGACCAGGUGGACAUGAAGCGCCAUGCAGUACUGGAACGGACUCGAGCACAUCAUCACCAUCGCAAAGGUGACCCACUUGAGCUGCUACGCCCGGAGGCCUCCCUCCAUGAUCGUGUGGUGGUCGCGAUGUCAACUGGCCUAGCAGACCAGGAUUCGGCCUAUGACGUGAAGCCUGUCUAUGUGGUAGGCUUGCCCAGCAUGGAGUCCAUUGGAGAUGAGCAUUUUGCGAGCAUCCGGUCCGAGCGCGCUCGCUUGCCCAGCUGGCAGCGUCCAAACCAGGACGAAGCCUUCUUCGUCGAAUUGAAAGACGGCUAUCGCGUGUGUGCUGUCAUUGACGGUCACGGAGCCGAGGGCCACCGCGCAGCGGCAGCCGUCAGGGACUUCCUCCUACGGCGACUGGUGGCUUCCUUGCCGGGCAAGCGAGCAUCCGACCUCAACGAGCACAGGAUCCAGAUCCACACCCAGCUUACAAAGGCCUUAGAGGACGCGCACUACGCGCUCUUCUCGGGCGAAGAGGCGGUGGAUGCCAGGGGCAGUGGCGCGACGGCCUGCGUAGUGGUCUACGACAUGAAGAAGAGGUGGCUUUUCUGCGCCUGGGUUGGUGACUGCCGCUGCGUCCUGGGGGAGUACAUAGACGAAGGUGGAGCCCUCACGGAGGGUCGACGCACCUCCAUCGGAUCGGAAGGCCACUCCUCCUCUGGUGCUUCCAACCGAAGACGGCGGAGGCCGAACAAGGUCACGGUGGCUGGAGUCAGGCUGUCGGAGGACCACACGCUUGCCGACGCCAACGAGCGAGUGCGCGUUUCGCAGUUCGACGUGACCAUCGCGAAUGGGCCCCUAGGGCUGGAUGAGGUCUACCUUUCUGGGCACAAGAUCCCGGGAGUCCAUUGCAGUGGGGACCCCGGAAGCGUGUAG